CAAAUCCCUAAAAAGAAUUCUCAUUCUCUGGUGUUGAGCGUAGUAAAUCUCUCACUCAAGAUUUAAGUUUAAAGAUGCUUCUAUAGCACUAGCGUCGGACCUCAGGUGGAUUUUUGGAAUGUGGAAAACCCUUUUGCCUCGAUAAGGUUUUGGUAAAAAUCAAGUUCCUCCUUCUUCAGCAUUAGCAGUCAAUCCAGAUUCCAGUCAUAAGCUGCCACUGACUUACACCGCCGUCUUGUCGAUCUGCCACCAUUAGUUCUCCUUCCGACUACCCAAAGAUUUGAUUGCAUAGUGCACGUGUUGCUGCUGGUCAACCAUCAGUCCAUCACAGGUUGCUGAUAAUGGCAAUUUGGAUAUAUACUCUUACCAGCACACUUUACCGGCCACUGCAUAAGAUAAAUCAUCGCUUGUGACUAAAGGCCGUUUUUAAAUUUGCCCCGGGAUAUUAGCAAUGGCAGACAUAAGUUUCCGAUCUCUGUUCAUAUUUUCAGCAAUAUUUCGCGUCUUUCUAAUCGUGUAUGGUGAGUGGCAAGAUGCUCAUAUGGAGGUCAGAUACACAGAUAUAGACUAUUUCGUCUUUUCUGAUGCUGCCACAUUAAUGACUUCUGGAAAAUCGCCUUACGAAAGAUCAACGUAUCGGUAUUCACCGCUUUUAGCUUUUCUUCUGAUGCCUAAUUCAUUUAUUCAUCGGUCGUGGGGGAAAUUCAUUUUUUCUGCAUCAGAUUUACUGGUGGGGUCGCUUAUACACAGAAUUCUGAAAUUACGAGGGGUACCUGAGAAACUACGCAUAUACUCGACAAUGGUAUGGCUUUUCAACCCAUUCACCAUCACAAUCGGAACACGUGGCAACUGUGAGCCCAUUGUUUGCUCCAUGAUUCUUUGGAUUUUACUAUGUCUUAUGAAAGACCAUUUUGUACAGGCUGCGUUUUGGUAUGGCCUCGUUGUUCACCUGAGAAUAUAUCCGAUAAUAUACGCACUUCCAAUAAUCUUACUUCUCGAUCCUCUCCAUUUUCAACCUGGCAAGAAACCCGCCCUUGUAGACUGGAGUUGCAGAACAUCAAAAAAAUCGUGGGACCCUAUCAACAAUAAAAUCACUCGUUCGCAAUACAUUUGGAAUUUCUUCGUAAAAUUGUUUUCUCGGAGAAGAGUAGUAUUUGCUACCAUAUCGGGGUCCACUUUCCUCGUAUUUACAGGACUGUGUUUCUUUUUAUACGGAUGGGAAUUCUUGCACGAGGCUUUGCUGUACCACCUCACACGCACGGACCCACGUCACAAUUUUUCCAUAUACUUCUACCACAUUUAUCUCCACUACGAACACGAGUUUUCCAUCCUUGAAAAGCUCGUCUCCUUUUUGCCUCAAUUUACCGUCCAGCUAGUGCUGAUUUACCGUUUCGCCCUCGACUUGCCGUUCUGUCUCUUUCUUCAGACACUUGCGUUUGUGGCGUUCAACAAGGUGAUAACGGCACAGUAUUUCGUGUGGUUCUUUUGUUUAUUGCCUCUAAUAUUACCGUGGAGCAAAAUGGAGCUCAAAUGGAAAGGCUUAGGUUGUAUUUCUUUGUGGAUCGGAGCUCAAACGCAUUGGUUGUUGUGGGGUUAUUUACUCGAGUUUCGAGGCAAGAACGUAUUCUUUCAACUAUGGAUGGCGAGUUUAUUUUUCUUGGCUGCUAAUACUUUUGUUAUUAUUAAUGUUAUUCGGAGCCAUUUAUAUUGUCCUCUAUUCGAAAAGUCGCAAUCUAACUCAGGUGAUGGUUUGAAAGACGAGUAACGUUAUCUGUCGAACUCAUUUUUUUCAUCGUCUGUUGAUAUUUAAUGGCGCAGGAAUUUUGUAGGAUGUUUUGUGGAAGUAUCAAUUGAUGGUUUACAUAAUUUUAUUUAUGAAUGUA